UUGGACCGUGAGGAUAUAGAACACUAUAGUUUCGGUGUGGAGGCUGUGGACCACGGCUCACCCCCCAUGAGCUCCUCGGCCAGUGUGUCCAUCACAGUGUUGGAUGUAAACGAUAAUGACCCAAUGUUCACACAGCCUGUGUACGAGCUGAGACUGAAUGAGGAUGCAGCCGUGGGGAGCAGUGUGCUGACGCUUCGAGCCCGGGACCGUGACGCCAACAGUGUAAUCACCUACCAGCUGACAGGCGGCAACACCCGGAACCGCUUUGCCCUCAGCAGCCAGAGUGGUGGUGGCCUCAUCACCUUGGCCCUGCCCCUGGACUACAAGCAGGAACGGCAGUAUGUGCUGGCUGUGACCGCGUCGGAUGGCACGCGGUCACACACUGCACAGGUCUUCAUCAAUGUCACUGAUGCUAACACCCACAGGCCGGUCUUCCAGAGCUCCCACUACACGGUCAGCGUUAGUGAAGACCGGCCCGUGGGCACCUCCAUUGCCACCAUCAGUGCCACAGAUGAGGAUACAGGUGAGAAUGCCCGCAUCACUUAUGUGUUAGAGGACCCAGUACCACAGUUCCGCAUUGACCCGGACACGGGCACCAUCUAUACCAUGACAGAGCUUGAUUAUGAGGACCAGGCUGCCUACACGCUGGCCAUCACCGCUCAGGACAAUGGCAUUCCUCAGAAAUCAGACACCACCUCUCUGGAGAUCCUCAUCCUUGAUGCCAAUGACAAUGUGCCCAGGUUCCUGCGGGAUUUUUACCAGGGUUCUGUUUUCGAGGAUGCGCCCCCAUCGACCAGUGUCCUCCAGGUCUCUGCUACCGACAGGGACUCGGGCCCUAACGGCCGCCUCCUUUACACUUUCCAGGGUGGGGAUGAUGGUGAUGGAGACUUCUACAUCGAGCCCACAUCUGGUGUGAUCCGUACCCAGCGCCGGCUGGACAGAGAGAACGUGGCCGUGUACAACCUUCGCGCUCUAGCUGUAGAUCGGGGGAACCCCAGUCCCCUCAGUGCGUCAGUGGAGAUCCAGGUGACUGUCUUGGACAUUAACGACAACCCCCCAGUGUUUGAGAAGGACGAGCUGGAGCUGCUUGUGGAGGAGAACAGCCCUGUGGGUUCAGUGGUGGCAAGAAUAAGAGCCAGUGACCCAGACGAGGGUCCAAACGCCCAGAUUAUGUAUCAGAUCGUGGAGGGCAACGUGCCCGAGGUCUUCCAGCUGGAUCUGCUGAGUGGUGACCUCCGUGCCCUGGUCGAACUGGAUUUUGAGGUCCGGAGGGACUAUAUGUUGGUGGUGCAGGCCACAUCCGCGCCUCUAGUAAGCCGGGCUACGGUGCACAUCCGUCUCCUGGACCAGAAUGACAAUCCACCAGAGUUGCCUGACUUCCAGAUCCUCUUCAACAACUAUGUCACCAAUAAGUCCAAUAGCUUCCCCAGUGGUGUGAUCGGCCGCAUCCCAGCCCAUGACCCUGACCUCUCGGACAGCCUCAACUACACCUUUCUGCAGGGCAAUGAGCUGAGUCUGCUGCUGCUGGAUCCCACCACGGGAGAGCUGCAGCUCAGCAGGGACCUGGACAACAAUCGGCCACUGGAGGCGCUUAUGGAGGUGUCUGUGUCAGAUGGCAUCCACAGUGUCACGGCUCUCUGCACUUUGCGUGUAACCAUCAUCACAGAUGACAUGUUGACCAACAGCAUCACCGUCCGCCUAGAGAACAUGUCACAGGAGAAGUUCCUGUCCCCGCUGCUAUCCCUCUUUGUCGAAGGCGUGGCCACAGUACUGUCCACCACCAAGGAUGACAUCUUCGUCUUCAACAUCCAGAAUGACACAGACGUCAGCUCCAACAUCCUGAACGUGACCUUCUCGGCGCUGCUUCCUGGUGGCGCUCGUGGCCGCUUCUUCCCAUCCGAGGACCUGCAAGAGCAGAUAUACCUAAACCGGACACUGUUGACCACCAUCUCUGCCCAGCGCGUGCUGCCCUUUGAUGACAACAUCUGCCUGCGGGAGCCCUGUGAGAACUACAUGAAGUGUGUGUCCGUGCUCAGGUUCGACAGCUCGGCGCCCUUCAUCAGCUCUACCACGGUGCUCUUCCGACCCAUCCAUCCCAUCACUGGCCUGCGCUGCCGCUGCCCCCCAGGCUUCACCGGGGACUACUGCGAGACUGAAAUUGACCUUUGCUACUCCAGCCCAUGUGGAGCCAACGGCCGGUGCCGGAGCCGAGAGGGUGGCUACACUUGCGAGUGCUUUGAGGACUUUACUGGGGAGCAUUGCCAGGUGAACGUUCGCUCAGGCCGCUGUGCCAGCGGAGUAUGCAAGAACGGGGGUACCUGUGUGAACCUGCUCAUUGGAGGCUUUCACUGUGUGUGCCCGCCUGGCGAGUAUGAGCAUCCCUACUGCGAAGUCAGCACCAGGAGCUUCCCGCCCCAGUCCUUUGUCACCUUCCGAGGUUUGCGGCAGCGCUUCCACUUCACCGUCUCCCUUUCGUUUGCCACCCAAGACAGGAACGCCCUGCUGCUCUACAAUGGCCGCUUCAACGAGAAGCAUGACUUCAUCGCCCUGGAGAUUGUGGAGGAGCAGCUGCAGCUCACGUUCUCGGCAGGUGAGACCACGACAACGGUGACCCCGCAGGUUCCUGGCGGUGUGAGUGAUGGGCGGUGGCAUUCGGUGCUGGUGCAGUACUACAACAAGCCCAACAUUGGCCACCUGGGCCUGCCGCAUGGGCCAUCUGGAGAGAAGGUGGCUGUGGUAACGGUGGAUGACUGUGACGCCGCUGUGGCCGUGCACUUUGGAAGUUAUGUUGGGAACUACAGCUGCGCUGCCCAGGGCACUCAGAGCGGCUCCAAGAAGUCGCUGGAUCUGACUGGACCUCUGCUCCUGGGUGGUGUCCCCAACCUGCCAGAAGACUUCCCCGUGCAUAGCCGGCAGUUUGUGGGAUGCAUGCGGAACCUGUCCGUCGAUGGCAGGAUUGUGGACAUGGCUGCAUUCAUUGCCAACAAUGGCACCAGGGCAGGCUGUGCUUCUCAGAGGAACUUCUGCGAUGGGAUCUCCUGCCAGAACGGGGGCACCUGUGUGAACAGGUGGAACACGUACCUGUGUGACUGUCCGCUCCGCUUCGGUGGGAAGAACUGUGAACAAGUUAUGCCACACCCUCAGCGCUUCAGUGGCGAGAGCGUUGUGUCAUGGAGUGACCUCGACAUCACCAUCUCUGUGCCUUGGUACCUGGGGCUCAUGUUCCGGACCCGGAAGGAGGAUGGUGUGCUGAUGGAGGCCACAGCCGGCACAUCUUCCAGACUCCAUCUCCAGAUUCUCAACAGCUACAUCCAGUUCGAGGUCUCCCAUGGCCCUUCCGACGUGGCGUCCAUGCAGCUGUCCAAGUCCCGGGUAACCGAUGGAGAAUGGCACCACGUGCUAAUAGAACUGAGGAGUGCCAAGGAGGGCAAGGACAUCAAAUACCUGGCCGUCAUGACCUUGGACUAUGGGAUGGACCAAAGCACGGUGCAGAUUGGGAACCAGCUUCCGGGGUUGAAGAUGCGGACUAUCGUCAUCGGAGGUGUGUCUGAGGACAAGUUGUCUGUGCGCCAUGGUUUCCGAGGCUGUAUGCAGGGCGUGAGGAUGGGGGAGACGUCUACCAACAUUGCCACCCUGAACAUGAAUGACGCCCUCAAGGUCAGGGUAAAGGACGGUUGUGACGUGGAGGACCCGUGUGCCUCAGACCCCUGCCCUCCACACAGCCACUGCCGUGACACCUGGGAUAGCUACUCCUGCAUCUGCGACAGAGGGUACUUUGGAAGAAAGUGUGUGGACGCGUGUCUCCUGAACCCCUGCAAGCACGUAGCAGCGUGUGUGCGCGCCCCCAACAGUCCCCGCGGCUACUCCUGCGAAUGUGGGCCCGGCCACUAUGGGCAGUACUGCGAGAACAAAGUCGACCUUCCAUGCCCCAAAGGCUGGUGGGGGAACCCGGUGUGUGGCCCCUGUCACUGUGCCGUCAGUCAAGGCUUUGAUCCAGACUGCAACAAGACCAAUGGUCAAUGCCAGUGCAAGGAGAAUUACUACAAGCCCCCAGCCCAGGAUGCCUGCCUUCCCUGCGACUGCUUCCCCCAUGGCUCCCACAGCCGGGCCUGCGUCAUGGACACUGGGCAGUGUGCCUGCAAGCCUGGCGUUAUCGGCCGCCAGUGCAACCGCUGUGAUAACCCCUUUGCCGAGGUCACCUCACUCGGCUGUGAAGUUAUCUACAAUGGGUGUCCCAGAGCGUUUGAGGCUGGCAUCUGGUGGCCACAGACGAAAUUUGGACAGCCUGCAGCGGUGCCAUGCCCCAAAGGAUCAGUGGGCAAUGCAAUUCGACACUGCAGCGGGGAGAAGGGCUGGCUUCCCCCAGAGCUCUUCAAUUGCACCUCGGGCUCUUUUGUGGAUCUCAAGGUCAUGAAUGAGAAGCUGAGCCGUAACGAGACAAAGAUGGAUGGAGACAGGUCCCUGAGGCUGGCAAAGGCGCUGAGGAAUGCCACACAGCGCAAUGGCACUCUCUUUGGCAAUGAUGUGCGCACAGCCUACCAGCUGCUGGCCCGCAUCCUGCAGCAUGAGAGCCACCAACAGGGUUUCGACUUGGCAGCCACUCGGGAGGCUAAUUUCCAUGAGGAUGUUGUCCAAACAGGCAGUGCCCUCCUGGCCCCGGCUACCCAGGCAUCAUGGGAACAGAUCCAGCGAAGUGAGGGUGGCGCUGCACAGCUCCUGAGGCACUUCGAGGCGUACUUCAGCAACGUGGCCCGGAAUGUGAAAAGGACCUAUCUGAGACCCUUCAUCAUCAUCACCGCCAACAUGAUUCUUGCAGUUGACGUCUUCGACAAGUUUAACUUCACCGGUGCCCAGGUGCCAAGGUUUGAGAGCGUUCGGGAAGAGUUCCCAAGGGAGUUGGAGUCCUCUGUGUCCUUCCCAGCGGACACCUUCAAACCGCCAGAGAAAAAAGAAAGCCCCACGGUGAGGCUGGGCAACCGGAGGGCUGCACCACAGACGCCACAGCCAGAACCCAAGGCUGAGAGAGAAACCUCAUUCAGCAGACAGAGGAGACACCCCGACGAACCCGGCCAGUUUGCUGUUGCCCUGGUCAUCAUUUACCGGACUCUGGGUCAACUGCUGCCUGAACACUAUGACCCCGACCACCGCAGCCUCCGACUACCUAAUCGGCCCGUCAUCAACACCCCAGUAGUGAGUGCUAUGGUGUACAGUGAGGGGACCCCACUCCCCAGCUCUCUGCAGAGGCCCGUCUCAGUGGAGUUUGCCCUGUUGGAGACGGAGGAGCGAAGCAAGCCUGUCUGUGUAUUCUGGAACCACUCGCUUGACAUUGGUGGGACUGGAGGGUGGUCAGCCAAGGGCUGUGAGCUGCUGUCAAGGAACCGGACCCACGUCACCUGCCAGUGUAGCCACUCGACCAGCUGCGCGGUGCUCAUGGACAUUUCAAGGCGCGAGCAUGGCGAGGUUCUGCCCCUGAAGAUCAUCACCUAUGCUGCCCUGUCCUUGUCCCUGGUGGCCCUCCUGGUGGCCUUUGUCCUGCUCUCCCUUGUCCGGACACUGCGCUCCAACCUGCACAGCAUCCACAAGAACCUCAUCGGGGCGCUCUUUUUCUCCCAGCUCAUCUUCCUGGUCGGGAUCAACCAGACUGAGAACCCGUUUCUCUGCACAGUUGUCGCCAUCCUCCUGCAUUAUGCCUCCAUGAGCACCUUUGCCUGGACCCUGGUGGAGAACUUGCAUGUCUACCGCAUGCUGACAGAAGUACGCAACAUCGACAUGGGGCCCAUGAGGUUCUACCACGUGGUGGGCUGGGGCAUCCCUGCCAUUGUCACAGGACUGGCUGUUGGCUUGGACCCUCAGGGCUAUGGGAACCCUGAUUUCUGCUGGCUGUCCCUUCAGGACAGCCUGAUCUGGAGCUUCGCUGGGCCUGUAGGAAUGGUUAUAAUCAUCAACACCGUCAUCUUCGUCUUGUCUGCCAAGGUUGCCUGCCAGAGAAAGCGCCAUUAUUAUGAGAGGAAGGGGGUUGUCUCCCUGCUGAGGACGGCCUUCCUCCUCCUGCUGCUCGUCAGCGCCACCUGGCUGCUGGGACUACUGGCUGUAAACAGCGACACUCUGAGUUUCCACUACCUCUUUGCUGCCUUCAGCUGCUUGCAGGGCCUCUUUGUCCUCCUGUUCCACUGCGUGACCCACAGGGAGGUGCGGAAGCACCUGAGGGCAGUGCUGGCUGGGAAGAAGCUGCACAUGGAUGACUCAGCCGCCACAAGGGCCACCCUGCUAACGCGAUCCCUCAACUGCAACAACACAUACAGUGAAGGACCAGACAUGCUCCGCACGGCCCUGGGCGAGUCUACAGCCUCUCUGGACAGUACCACCAGGGAUGAAGGGGUCCAGAAGCUCAGUGUGUCCUCUGGACCAGCACGUGGUAGCCAUGGAGAACCAGAUUCAUCCUUCAUCCCUAGGAACUCCAAGAAACCUCAUGGUCCCGACUCUGACUCCGACAGUGAACUGUCGCUGGAUGAGCACAGUAGUUCCUACGCCUCUUCACACUCCUCAGACAGCGAGGACGAUGGUGGAGAUGCUGAAGACAAAUGGAAUCCGGCUGGGGGCCCCGUCCACAGCACCCCAAAAGCAGAUGCUCUGGCCAACCAUGUCCAAGCUGGCUGGCCGGAUGAAAGCCUGGCCGGGAGCGACAGUGAGGAGCUGGACACUGAGCCCCACCUGAAGGUGGAGACCAAGGUCAGCGUGGAGCUGCACCGGCAGGCACAGGGCAAUCACUGUGGCGACCGGCCCCCUGAUCUGGAAAGUGGGGUCCUGUCAAAGCCAGUGGCUGUACUCAGCAGCCAGCCCCAGGAGCAACGGAAAGGCAUCCUGAAAAACAAAGUCACCUACCCGCCACCGCUACCAGAGCAGCCACUGAAGUGCCGACUGCGAGAGAAGCUGGCCGACUGUGAGCAAAGCCCCUCGUCCUCCCGCACAUCCUCCCUUGGCUCUGGUGAUGGCGUCCGUGCCACCGACUGUGUCAUUACCAUCAAGACUCCAAGGAGGGAGCCAGGCCGUGAACAUCUCAAUGGGGUGGCCAUGAAUGUGUGCACAGGGAGUGCUCAGGCCAACGGCUCAGACUCGGAGAAACCAUGAGGCACAGUCAACCCUUCAGACUGCCAGUCAAGCCCUCGGACCUUGAAGCAGGUAGGCCCUUGAUAUGAGGGUCCCUGCAACAGUAGCUGGCUCUACACGGAAUGUUCAGAUGGGAAGCUCUUGGCCCUCUCAGGAACUCAGGGCCCAUCAGACUCUAUGACAAGUGCCAAAGCCACAGGCAUGUCUCAAGAGGGAGACACGGACUUCAGGCUGGCACAGCUCCGUCCUCAGACUGCAGACAGAACAAAAAUGCUGCUGACCUGGCCACAAGAGGCCUAGACAGAAGCCACAGAGCCCAAGCUAGCCUUCGUGAAUUACUAUGCCAGGCCCUUCAGCCUGCCAGGGUUCAGAUACUGGACACAGGCCAAGGCCCAGCUCACCUUGCAGGCAUCUCCUUGCAGUACAAGCCUAUAGUCACCAGCCUGAGUCUCUGCAAAGGUACCCUGUCUUAAAUUGCUGUUUAAAGUUGUAAAUACAUAUAAAUCUGUCCUGGACUUGGAGAAGAUGGGAACCUGUGUAUAUUUUACAAUGUCCUGACUUUGCUUACACUGGAGCGCCAUGUAAUGGCAUCUCAUAUAUUGCCCAAGGAAGCCUGCACAGUUGUACUUGUGUUUGGAAGAAUCAACACAGCUGGUCCCAGUGCCCAGGCAGGGAGGACAAGGGCGCUGACGCUGAUAUAGUCAUCACAAACUCCUGCAGCUGCUUCCAGCCAGCAAGCAAGGAGUGUGGUGUUCUGCUGGCCCUCAGAACACACAACUGUGUGUGCUCAGCUCCGUGGAUCCAGGAUGGGACUGGCCUGUGAAGUGUGACUGCCAUGGCUGGUUUCACACAGGGUGAAAUCCCCACCACUCUGCCACUCCCACAUCCUUGUGCCAGGACUACUCCUGAUGCAGAGGGGCUUCUCUGGAGCAGCCCAGUCAGCUCAGUACUGCGGGGGAGAAUUUCUUUGUCCCUGCUCCUGCUCCCCAUAGGAUCUCAGAGGGAUCAUGUUCCUGAUUCAGAAGGACCCCUGAGGUCUUCCAAGAUGUCACAUUCCUUCCUGCCAAUGUUCUACUCUUUCAAACUCCAGAGCUCUCUGGGCAGGCAGGGGCUCCGCCCCCAAAAUCUGACCAAUGACAUCACUUUGCUUUAAGUGGCCAAUUGUGCAGAGAAACAAAGCCACAGUCCCAGUUUUCAAUGGUUAGCAAAUUCUUUUUGGAAACUCACACCAAGGGCUACUGUGAUCAGCCCGCCACUAUGCGGCCAAGCCCAAGAGAUGGGGCCCAGAGUUACUUCAGCAUUCACUGCUGUUGAAAUCGGGUGGACAUGCGCCGUACAGCUGCUGGCGAAUGGGAGAAACCAGGACGUCAAAUGUGAGGACUUUCACACCACGCUGCACUGAGAGGUCAGAACUGCUAAUGAUCGACUUGUGUCAGAGGAAAGCCCACAUGACGUGGUCUGAGGUCAAUGAAGGGAGGCCCCAAGUGGCCUCUGAGGAUGCAAGGACACAAAGAAUGGAGCACAGGGAGCUUCAGUCUCCAGGAGUUGGAGCACUGUGAUCGCUCCCAAUGCCGCAGCUCCACACCACCCCAGAAGGUAGUGUUUUUAAUUUGAUCAUAACUGUUACAAAAACAAAACAAGCUGUCAGUUUUAAACUGUUUUUAUGACCUAAGACUACAAGUUCAACACUGGAGGUUUUUAACAAGUGUAUUUAUUACUGUUCAGCACUGGUGACAACACAGGUGAGACACAGCUAUAAUAAAUUAAAAUUUGUGGAUUUGUA